AAUCCACAGAAACAGCUCAAACCCCGAGAUGACAAAAAAAAUAUCCAUAUAUUUUUUCAAUACGUUGAUAGUUGCUAUCUGCGUAAAAAGCAAGUGAGUGUGCACUUACGUCGCGUUGAGAUCACUUAGUGGGGCAUUUAGUAAAGACGAUUCACACUACUAUACCACGCCACUCUUCAUCAAAUCUUUCUGCGCACGCUUGAAAACUCUUUAAAUCUAGGGAUAGGUAAUAGGCAAUCACUAUUAAGCUUGAAACAUUGACGCAAGUUAAUGUACAUUAAUGAGCGUUUUUUAAACUUGACGCAACACGCGAAAGAUUACUACUUUUUAAAUUAAUCGAUUCCUUUGAAAUGGAUGAUUCAUGACCGACCUUCCUUUACCGACACUGAUAUAAGUUUGCAAGUCUCCUAAAAAUCCUUAGUCAACAUUCUUCAGUGCUCGAAGUUAACUGGUCUCUCCUUGGCCCUGGUUUUUCCCAACGGAUUUUUCACUGAGGAGGUCCGCCGUUCUCCGGAACCUCUGCAGUAUGUGCAAAGCAGUGCUAUAUUCAACAACGCUGCUGUUUGCGACGGCCCUGGGCUACCUGGUCGAUCGUAGUCUUGAGCCGAAAGCCCACGGUCGCGACGUGGUGGAAACGGUGGUCCAUCGGAUCCAGCGAGCUCGCAUAUUCUCCGACGACAAAGACUUCUUCCGACGCGUGGCCUACACCGAGAGUAAGUUCGGCGAGGACCCGGAGACCUACCGCGACGGUUAUUACGGAGGCAUCUGGCAAUUCGACCGACUCGCGGCGACCCAGAAGGACGAUCCUCAUUAUGCACCUGACCGUAUCAACAUCAUCCACCAAGGAAUAAAGAGAGAGUGGGGCAUUGACUGGAAGCAGGUGACAGACGAAGAUCUGCUGAAGCCGUUCUACUCUGGCCUGGCCUUCGCCGUCUACGUCGAGCUGAAGUCACCAUCUCGAGCUCCGAUUCCCGACACGGUCAAGGGUCAGGAUGGAUACUGGAAGGACUGGUACAACACCAACUACAAGGGCAAGUACGGAGAUUUUGAGACGAGGGUCCAGGAGCUGCUCGAGGAGGACAUGCGUACUGAAGGAGGAAAGAUAGACAUAAUGGUCGCAGUGGACGGCAGCUUCAGGGUCGGCUUCGACGCUUUCGCUUCGGUUCGCGAUUCGGUGGCACGCCUGGUGAGUGCAUUCGACCUAAAGGAGGCGCACGUAGGGAUGGUGAUCUACUCGAGCGAAGUGACGAGACGAAUCCCGUUGAUGAACAGCUUUACGAUGGCGAAGCUCCAGGAGAGGAUCCUCGGAAUGCCCUACCCCCGCGGCGCCGCGAACCCCCACACCGGAAUCAUGAGAGCCGUCCGCGAAUUCCAAAGUCUCCCGGAAGCUCGCAAAAGAAGCGGCGUCCCGAGGCUCUUGCUUGUCUUCACCAGUGGUCAAUACGACCUAGGGGAUGAUCCUGCCGAGGCUGCAAAAUUUGCUGCCGAAUCAGGCAUCAAAACCUGUGCGUUCGGAGUGGGUCUAUCAAUCAAUAAGAAGGAAGUACACGCAAUCGCGAACAACGACCCGGACUUCUUCUUCAUGACGAAAUUCAAUGAGGCGCUAAAAGAGCAGAUGGGCCGAGUGGUCCGACGGAUGAAGAGCGUGCCGCAGACGCCAAUGGUCGGGUCGGAGAUAACAGAGACGAUGAAGCGAGCCGGUGAGAAGAGGUACUAUCGCGUGAAGGUGCCCGAAAAUGGUUUGACCAUCCAACUGCUCAACGAAAAGGGCGCGGCCCACGGGUUCUGGGCCUACACCCCCGCCUCCGAGCAGCCCUCCAGCGCCCUCUUCGAUGGGGUUCUCGCCGCUGGAGAGACGUUCAUCCCGCCGCCGAAGACUCGUGCACCGUCCAGAGACGUCACGAUCGUCCUCGAGAGUUCUGAACCUGACAGUUUCGUCAGAAUGAAGAUCGUUGCAGGAGCUACGACCAAAGCUCCAGCAGUCAAUUGAGUUAAACGACGUUGUGAAACAAUAGUUAAAUACAUUCUAUCGAGCAG